UUCAGGUUUAAUUCCGCGCUUUAGCUUCUGUCGCAGCUUGUUUAAGGCUUUAGCUUCUGUCGCAGCUUUUGAGUUUUAUUUCAUUCAUAUACACGGGUGUUUCGUUUAAUUUGGAAGUCGCAGUCAUUUGAGAUUUGUUAAAGAAAUAAGUUUCUUUUUCUGUGACUGAGUUUUAAAGGAUACAAUUAAUUACAGACAUGUUUCCUGAGAAUAAUACCGGGUACAGUUAUGAUGAUUGCCAGGCUACAGCUGACUGGCUGUUGGCUCAGACUGCAGUGCGCCCGCUGGUGGGCAUCGUUUGUGGCUCGGGUCUGGGCGGAUUGGCAGACAUGCUGAAAGAUCAAGUGGCCUUUAACUACAGAGACAUUCCCAACUUCCCCCAGAGUACAGUGCAUGGACACGCUGGACGGCUUGUGUUUGGUACUCUGAAAGGAAGACCAUGUGUCUGCAUGCAAGGCCGCUUCCAUCUGUAUGAGGGAUACCCUAUUCAAAAGAUCACUCUGCCCAUGCGGAUAUUUAAGCUGCUUGGCGUAGAGACUGUGAUCCUGACCAACGCUGCAGGAGGCCUCAAUCAGGACUUCAAGGUGGGAGACAUCAUGAUCAUUAAAGACCAUCUGAACAUGCCUGGAUUUGCUGGCAACAAUCCGCUGAUAGGCCCUAAUGAUGAAAGGUUUGGCGUGCGUUUUCCCUGUAUGUCUGACGCAUAUGACCGCGAAUUGCGGCAGCUGGCUAUGGACGUGGGCACUGAGUUGGGUUACGGUGAUUUCCUUAGGGAGGGGGUCUAUUGUGUGCUUGGUGGACCCUCAUUCGAGACCAUAGCUGAGUGUCGCAUGCUGCACAAACUGGGUGCUGAUGCAGUUGGGAUGAGCACGGUUCAUGAAGUGAUUGUGGCGCGUCACUGUGGACUGCGCAUCUUUGCUCUGUCUCUGAUAACCAACCAGGCUGUAAUGGACUAUGAAAGCAAGGAGAAAGCCAACCACGAGGAGGUUCUUGAGACGGGCAAACAGAGAGCAGAGCAGCUGGAGAGGCUGGUGUCCACCAUGGUCACCCGCAUUGGGCACAAUAACUACUCCUAAACCAAACUUGAAAACCGCUGAUCACUGAAACACAAAGCCAUGUUCUUAAACACAUGAUCAGUGUCAGUACUGUGAAACAUUCAGCUCAUCCACACUGAGCCAUCACACUCUUUAGUGUUCUGCUGCAUGUUUGUGUUUCUUGUUUAAUCUACUCAAUUCUACUGAAGUGCACAAAUAUCAUUCAUGUUUAUAUUUGGUAUUAGUGAGAAUCUCUGGCGAUGUACAUUCCUUUAGAGAAGGAAACACAAACUUUUGUAGAUGUAUAUAGAGAAAAGUGUUUUAAACCUUUUAAUCAUUAUAUAUUUAAAUUAUUUAAAAUCAAAGUAAGCUGUUGAUCGCUUUAUGAAAGCCUUUACUGUACAGUAGAUGUAUAGAUUGUUUUUGUCUUUUUUUUUAUCAGGAUUAAAGUUGUAUAUUUAUUACAAUAUGCUUCAGUCAUGUUUGUGUUUUUCAUUACACUGACUUGACUUAAGAGAAUAACCUGAGUAUGAUGUGCAUGUGAUUUAUGUAACUAGCCUUUAAAACUAAAAGUGGAUAAGUCGCUAAAACCAAUAUUAAAUUGGUUGCAGUAAAUAGGAUGAAAUUCUUAUAAUAAAGAUGCCAACUUUUACAAAAUGA